AUGGCGGCUGCGGCGGUCCUGCUGGGCCUGGCGCUCCUGGCGCCGCGGGCGGCCGGCGCGGGCAUGGGCGCGUGUUACGACGGCGCGGGGCGCCCGCAGCGCUGCCUGCCGGUGUUCGAGAACGCGGCGUUCGGCCGGCGCGCCGAGGCCUCGCACACGUGCGGCCGCCCGCCCGAGGACUUCUGCCCCCACGUGGGCGCCGGGCGCGGGGCGCAGUGCCAGCGCUGCGACGCCGACGACCCCCAGCUUCACCACGACGUCUCCUACCUCACCGACUUCCACAGCCAGGACGACAGCACCUGGUGGCAGAGCCCGUCCAUGGCCUUCGGCGUACAGUACCCCACCUCGGUCAACAUCACCCUCCGUCUGGGGAAAGCCUACGAGAUCACCUACGUGAGGCUGAAGUUCCACACCAGUCGCCCCGAGAGCUUUGCCAUCUACAAGCGCACCCACGCGGGCAGCCCGUGGGAACCCUACCAGUACUACAGUGCCUCCUGCCAGAGAACCUACGGCAGGCCCGAGGGCCACCACCUGCGCCCCGGUGAGGACGAGCGCGUGGCCUUCUGCACCUCCGAGUUCAGUGACAUCUCCCCGCUGAGGGGCAACGUGGCCUUCUCCACCCUGGAGGGCCGGCCCAGCGCUUACAACUUCGAGGAGAGCCCCGUGUUGCAGGAGUGGGUCACCAGCACCGAGCUACUCAUCUCCCUGGACCGGCUCAACACGUUCGGGGAUGACAUCUUCAAGGACCCCAAGGUGUUGCAGUCCUACUACUAUGCCGUGUCUGACUUCUCCGUGGGCGGCAGGUGCCAGUGCCACGGACAUGCCAGCGAGUGCGGGCCCGAGGAGGCGGGCCGGCUGGCCUGCAGAUGCCAGCACAACACCACGGGCGUCGACUGCGAGCGCUGUCUGCCCUUCUUCCAGGACCGCCCGUGGGCCCGGGGCACCGCUGAGGCCGCCAACGAGUGUGUGCCUUGCAAUUGCAGCGGCCACUCUGAGGAGUGUGUGUUCGACCCGGACCUCUUCCGCGGUACGGGCCACGGCGGCCGCUGCCUGCGCUGCCGGGACCACACGGCCGGCCACACUGCGAGCGCUGCCAAGGACUUCUAUCGCUGGAGCCCCCGGACGCCGUGCCAGCCCUGUGACUGCCACCCGGCAGGUUCGCUACGUCUCCAGUGCGAUGACUCAGGCACCUGUGCCUGCAAGGCCACCGUCACAGGCUGGAAGUGUGACCGCUGCCUGCCCGGGUUCCACUCACUCAGUGAGGGAGGCUGCCGACCCUGCACCUGCAAUCCUGCUGGCAGCCUGGGCACCUGUGACCCGCACAGUGGACGCUGCCCCUGCAAGGAGAACGUGGAAGGCAAGCAGUGUGACAGAUGCCGUCCAGGGACGUUCAACCUGCAGCCCCAUAACCCAGCCGGCUGCAGCAGCUGUUUCUGCUUUGGCCACUCCAAGGUGUGCUCGGCCGCUGCCCAGUUUCGGGAGCACCACAUCCUCUCCGACCUCCGCCAGGGAGCCGAGGGCUGGCGGGCCGGAAGUGUGGGGGGCCCAGAGCAUCCCGUGCAGGUGGAGCCAAGGGGGCUGCUCCUGAAUCCAGAAGGCGAGGAGGAGCUCACGCUACCAGAGAAAUUCCUGGGAGACCAGCGGUUCAGCUACGGACAGCCCAUCACACUGACCUUCUGGGUCCCCCCCGGGGGCUCCCCACUCCCCGUGCGGCUGAGGCUGGAAGGGGCGGGCCUGGCCCUGACUCUACGACCCUCCAGCCUGUCGGGCCCCCGGGAUGCUGGGCAGCCGGGGGAGGCCCAGCUCACGUUCCAGUUGCAGGAGACCUCUGAGGACGCGGCCCCUCCCCCCUUCCACUUCCAGCAGCUGCUCGCCAAUCUGACGGCUCUGCGCAUCCGGGCCGGCGGCCAGAGCACAAGCCCUUCCGGCCAGGUAUUCCUGACUGAGGUCCGGCUCACAUCAGCCCACGGGGCUUCCCCACCAGCCUCCUGGGUAGAGACUUGCUCAUGUCCCAAAGGGUACACAGGCCAGUUCUGUGAAUCCUGCGCUCCAGGAUACAAGAGGGAGACACCACUGGGGGGUCCCUAUACCAGCUGUGUCCCCUGCACCUGCAACCAGCAUGGCACCUGUGACCCCCACACAGGGAUCUGCCUGUGUGGCCACCACACCGAGGGCCCGUCCUGUGAGCGCUGUUUGCCAGGUUUCUAUGGCAGCCCCUUCGGAGGCCGAGCCGAUGACUGUCAGCCUUGUCCGUGCCCCGGACAGUCGACCUGCACAGCCAUCCCAGAGAGCAGGGAGGUAGUGUGCACCCACUGCCCCCCGGGCCAGCGAGGGCGGCGCUGUGAGAUCUGUGAUGACGGCUAUUUUGGGGACCCUCUGGGCCUCUCUGGGGCCCCCCAGCCCUGCCGGCGGUGCCAGUGCAGUGGGAACGUAGACCCCAACGCCGUGGGCAACUGUGACCAGUCUGGCCGCUGCCUGCGUUGCCUGCACAACACGACAGGUGCCCACUGUGAGCGCUGCGAGGAAGGCUUAGGGAGCGCCCUGGCCCCUCGGCCCGCAGACAAAUGCACGCCCUGCAGCUGCAACACUGGGGGGCUCAGUCAGUGAGCAGAGACCCUGCCGAACCCGGCGAGCGGCCAGUGCACCUGCUUGCCUCAUGUGACGGGACGGGACUGUAGCCACUGCAGGCCCGGUUUCUAUGACCUCCGGCCCGGGAGGGGCUUCCGGAGCUGCAAGUGUCACCCGCUGGGCUCCCAGGAGGACCGGUGUCACCCCAAGACCGGGCAGUGCCCCUGUCGUCCAGGCGUUGAGGGCCAGGCCUGCGACAGAUGCCAGCUGGGUUUCUUCGGCUUCUCCAUCAAGGGAUGCCGAGCCUGCAGGUGCUCCCCGGUGGGGGCCGCCUCGGCACAAUGCCACGAGAACGGCACGUGCUUGUGCAGGCCCGGCUUCGUGGGGUACAAGUGUGAUCACUGUCAGGAAAACUUCUUCGUCACGGCCGGUGGCACACACUGUCAGGAGUGCCCGUCCUGCUACGCCCUGGUGAAGGAGGAGGCUUCCAAGCUGAAGGCCAGGCUGACCCUGAUGGAGGGGUGGCUGCAGGGGUCCGACUGUAGUGCCUGGGGACCACUGCACAUUCGGCAGGGAGAGGCCCCACGGGGGAGACGUCUACCAGGACGUCUGCUGCAAGGAGCCCGGGAAGCCUUCCUGGAGCAGGUGACAGGCCUCGAAGGUGCCGUGAAGGCUGCCCGGGGAGCAGCUGCGCGCGCUGAGCAGGACGUCCGCUGUGCCCAGGCCGGAACAGAGAAGACCUGCAUCCAGCUGGCGGACCUAGAUGCAGCGCUGGAGUCCUCGGAGGAGGAGAUUCUGCAGGCGGCCCUUGUCCUCAGAUCUCUGGUGAUUCCUCAGGAAGGGUCCAGCCAGCCCACCACCUGGAGCCACCUGGCCACCGAGGCCCGUGCCCUUGCCAGGAGUCAAAUGGGCAUUUCCAUACAGCCACAGGACACCACUGCCAAGAUUGAGGCCACUGCACGGAGGGCCCUGGUCGCCUCCAACACCAGUUAUGCGCUUCUCUGGAGUCUGGUGGAGGGCAGAGUGGCCCUGGAGGCCCAGCAGGAACUGGAGGACAGGUACCAGGAGGUCCAGGCCGCCCAGAAGGCGCUGGCACGGCUGCGGCAGAGGUGCUGCCCGAAGCUGGGUAGGGCGCUGGCCGCCGCGCAGCAAGCUGAUGCGGAUGCAGCCCUGCGCCCCGGCCUCGCUGGCCGCCCCUGCAGCACUGACCUUUUCUGCCAGGCCCUGCCUGAGCCCAUCAUCUCCCUGCAGAAGUCCGAGGCCGGGGCCCUGGGUCUGAAGGCACAGGCCCUGGAGAAGACAGUUGCAUCUAGAGAGCGUGUGGUCACCGAGGCUGCCCAGGGUCCUCCAGGCCACCGCCCGGCCGUGCUGCGGAAGACCGAGCCCCUCACACAGCUACGCCAGCAGGCCAGAGCCGCCCUGACCCGGGCUUCCUCAUCCGUCCAGGCUGCCACGGUGACUGUCACGGGAGCCAGGACCCUGCUGGCCGACCUGGAGGGAAUGAAGCAGCAGUUUCCUUCGCCCAAGGACCGGGCCACGCUGGGGAGGAAGGCAGGCGUGGUCAGGGGCAGGCUCCUUCCAGAUUUGAAAAAGAAGACCAAGCAGGCGGAGAGGAUGCUGGGAAAUGCGGCGUCUGUCUCCUCCAGUGCCAAGAAGAAGGGCCGUGAAGCCAAGACGUUGGCUGAGGACAGUGCUAAGCUCGCCAGGGCCUUGCUGAGGGACGGGAAGCAGGAGCAUCGCCGGGCAGGCCGGCUGUCCAGCCAGGCGCAGGCGACGCUCCGACAGGCCUCGCGGCAGGUGCUAGCCUCACGAACCCGCCGACAGGAGCUGGAGGAAGCUGAGCAGGUGGGUGCCGGGCUGCGUGCCGUGGAGCGGCAGAUCUGGGAAUCGCGCACGUCCCUGGAAGAGGACGUCCAGGCCUUGUUGGAGCUACUUGCCAGGCUGGGGUCACUGGACACCCACCAAGCCCCAGCCCAGGCCCUGAACGAGACCCAGUGGGCACUGGAGCGCCUGAGGCUGCGGCUGAGCCCGCCGGGGGCCCUGCAGGGGAAACUGAGGCUGUUGGAGCAGGAGUCCAAGCAGCAGGAGCUACAGAUCCAGAGCUUCGAGAACGACCUCGCGGAGAUCCGUGCCGACAAGCGGAACCUGGAGGCCAUUCUGCAGAGCCUGCCCAAGAGCUGUGCCAGCUGGCGGUGAGGGCCGCCCAGACCCCCCGCUGCGGCCCUAGCCCGGGCCCGCGCACGCACCCCACAGGCGCACCCGCCACAGCCCGCUGCUCGGUGUGCCCACCCCAAGGGGAUCCUCACGUCGCCUUCCAAGUCCAUGCCUGCAUCCCCUCCGUUCCCGCCAGCGUGGAGGUACAUACACGGUUCACCCAGGCGGCCGUGCCCACUACCAUCGGCGCACGCUCCCGUGCCGUGACGCACAAACACGCACACCGCAGUGUCAAUAGCACGUCCACAAUACCUGUGGACACAAUGCGCACACGCAUGCAAGUCCCUCUCUCCGUGCCCACGUUACAGUCGGUCCACAGUCAAGUACUGAGCUCUGGAUGCUGGAGGAGUUAUGUUAGCUACCCUCUGGCACUAACAUACCCACUCUUGGCUCCUGAAGGCAAGGACCCAGGCCGAGUCGGUGCUUGACAGGCUGAGGGGGGCCAUCUGCAGAGAUCGGGGUGGGGUUCCGCAAGAGCCAGAGCCCCCAGCCCCAGAGCUACCCCCUGUCCCGCAGCUUCCCACCCACCACCCGCCAUACACACACACACACACACACACACACACACACACGGAGCAGCUCAGCACAGCCGAGGGACCAGAUCCUAGGAGGGGUCUCAGCAGUGGAGCCUGAGGCCCGGGGACUCCUGGGGCCGUGGCGCAGCCUGUGCGGCCGGCUGGGAGGAUGGCCCACCCCUGCACGGCUACCACUGACUUUGUAGAAUACUUUGUUCUGAAGAUCCUGGGAAUCACAUGCCCUGGGCCCCGGUGCACCUUUCGGCCUGUGGCCCAUCCAAAAAAGCUGUGCCUCAAGGGCCUGAAGGGGCGUGGGUCGGGGAGACUGGGGUCAUGUGGGAGCUCCUCUUUGUAACCCCACGACCCCAGUUGGCCUUUGACUGACUGACACUGACCCUAAGGCCCUGUGGCCCCACCUGCCACCAGGGAGGCCCCUGCAGGGUGUGGAGGCCUGGCUGCCACUCUGGUCCGUCCUGCUGGGGAGUCCCCCUGUGGCCAGGCCCCCCCUGGCAGCCUCUGUCCAGAAUUCCUGGUACUUUCACCCGGAGCCCCGCCCCUUUCCCGGGGCCCUCUUCCUGGUAGACAGCAGACCGUCUGCCCUGGGACAGGUGCUUCAGGGGACCCACCACCCCUCCCAUGGCUCUUUUGGCCCCAGGCAGGGGGCACUGGCAGCAGCAUGAACCAGUUCUGUGUAAUGUGAAAAUAAAGGACCCCUUUACCCGC